UUUUCAGGAAAAAAAGAUACUGAAAUUGUGUAUAGUUGUUGAAUCUUAAAUCCGGUAACCGAGUUUUAGGAGUUUUAAUCAACUGAUAAUUAGAGUUUAGGGGUCAAAUGUUUUGUUUAUUGAAGUGUAUCAAAGUUAAAUGCCAAAAGAGAAAAAAUACAAGGGAAACAAACGCGUAGUCAAAAAUGAUUAACUUGUUGUCAGUAGUUAUUUAUCUCACGGUGUUCUCUCUCUGUUUUUUCAUUGUCCCCCUUCUCUCUCUGUGUCUUCUUUUUAGACAUCUUAUUCCCCUUGAUUCCAUCUUCACCAUCAUUAUUUCUCGGAUCACGAACAGUGUUCAGCGGGAUUGUUAACAGUUAUAUUCGGUGCCGUAGUAGGGUGUGUAUGAACUUGAGGAGCAAGGGUACAUCAAACCUUGUUCCAAGAGCCGCAGACAUCAGAGCUUUAGAGAGAGAGUGUACUAGAAAGAGAAGACAAGAAGAGCAACAGGCUCAACUGCAGACACUGGAACCUGCAAUGGAAGAACAACAAAAUCCUCAGAACCCCAAUGGAGUCAACAAUGUUCCACCACAAGGGGCUCAACAGCGACCAGCUCGCCCCAUUGGCACUUAUGACCGCCCCAACAUCCAUGGUCCUAGACUUGGAAUCCGAGCACCAGCUGUGGCUGCUAACAACUUUGAGAUCAAGUCAGGGCUGCUCAACUGCAUAGAGAACAACAAGUAUCAUGGUCUGGCUGUGGAAGACCCAUUUGAUCACUUGGAUAAGUUUGACAGCUACUGUGGUAUGUCAAAGACUAAUGGUGUGUCAGAGGAUGCUUUAAAGCUCAAUCUAUUCCCCUUCUCUUUGGGGGAUAAGGCACGUCAGUGGGAGAAGUCUCUACCAAGUGACUCCAUCACUACUUGGGAAGACUGCAAAAAGGCAUUCUUGGAGAAGUUCUUCUCUACCUCAAGAACUGCUAAGUUGAGGAAUGAGAUCUCCAGCUUCCAACAGAAGAACUUGGAAGGAUUCAGUGAAGCUUGGGAGAGGUUCAAUGGUUACCAAGCUCAGUGCCCACACCAUGGUUUUUCAAAGGAGAGCUUGCUGAGCACAUUCUACAGAGGUGCUCUUCCUAAGUACAGAGCCAGACUGGAUACAGCUAGUAAUGGGUUAUUUUUGGGGAGAACUGAGGAAGAAGCAGAGGCUCUGGUUGACAACAUGGUUAAGAGUGAUGCAGUCUACAGCGGAGACCAUGACAGAAGCAGUAGAGGUGAUGACAAGCACACAAGGAAUGAGAUAAAGGCUCUUCAGGAGAAGAUUGACACACUCAUUGCUGAUAAGGCUACACAAGCGCAAGUGAACUUUGUUGGUAACCCACAACAGGAGAUACCUCCUACUGUCAAUGAGGUUGAGGGUUUGGAAGGGCAAGAAGAAUUGUGUUUCAUCAACAGCAAUGGUAGCUGGUACAAGAAGGAACCCAACUUUCAGUACAACAACUACCAACAGAAGCCCUAUUCAAACAACCAGCAGAGUGGUUAUCAGCCUAGAAACAAACAGCCAAGCAACUACCAGCCUCAGCAAAACCCCUCUCCUGGCUCCUCUACCCCUCAAGAGAGCAGCACUGAUGCCUUACUGAAACAGAUCUUAGAGUCUCAGACUAGAAGUGAGAAGCAUGUGGGCUAUGAGCUGAAGAACCUUCACUCCAAGAUUGAUGGGAGUUACAAUGAGCUCAACAACAAAUUCUCCCACCUUGCUUCUUCUGUCAAGAAUUUGGAGAAUCAGUUUGCUUCCAUGAGCACCCACCAGAAUCGCCAGCCAGGAUCUCUACCUGGAAAAUCUGAUCAAAACCCCAAGGAAGCAAAAGCCGUCACACUCAGGAGUGGUAAGCAGUUACCUCCUAGAACCCUCACCAAAGAUGCUGAGAAACAAGGUGAGGAGGUAGCCAUCAAUCUAGAUGAUGAAGUGGUCAUUGUUGAUGAGAAGACAGAUGAUGAGAUCUUGGAGAAGAUUGAGAAAGAUAAAGGUAAAGGAAAGGUUGGAGAAAAGAAGAAGACAAUAAAAGAUGGUGAAUCUACUGCUCCAGCAGGUGAGAGCUCUUCUGUCCCUCCUCCCUAUGAACCCAAGCUUCCAUUCCCUGGUAGAUUCAAGAAGCAGCUGUUACAGAAGUACAAGGCUUUGUUUGAGAAGCAGAUGAGUGAAGCUCAGGUUACAAUGCCCAUCAUUGAUGCUUUCAUGCUGAUUCCUCAAUACAGCAAGUUCUUGAAAGAUGUUGUAGCUGCUAAGAAGAAAGAGAUGGAGGGAAUGAUGGUUCUGAGUCAUGAGUGCAAUGCCAUCAUUCAGAGGCUUGAUGCUCCAGAGAAGCUAGAGGAUCCAGGAUGCUUCACACUACCUUGUGCUCUUGGACCUAUGGUAUUUGAGAAAUGUCUCUGCGAUUUGGGAGCUAGUGUCAGCUUGAUGCCUUUGUCUGUGGCAAAGAAGCUUGGCUUCACUCAAUACAAGAAGUGUAGACUCUCUCUGGUGUUGGCUGAUCGUUCAGUGAAGUACCCUGUGGGCAUCCUAGAGAACCUCCCUGUGAAGAUUGGAGGAUAUGAAAUACCUACAGAUUUUGUGGUGCUUGAAAUGGGUGAGGAGGCUCAAGACCCAUUGAUUCUUGGAAGGCCAUUCUUAGCUACAGCAGGAGCUAUCGUGAAUGUGAAAGAAGGCAACAUUGACCUUCAUUUGGGUAAGGAGAACAUCCUCCACUUUGACAUCAAGGAGAAAAUGAGGAACCCCACUGUGUUUGGACAAGCCUUCAUCAUUGAAGAAAUGGGCCCUCCAUCUGAUGAUCACCUUGGUGAGCUACCACCUGAGGAAGAUGGGGUGUUAACUCCACUUUCUGCACCUACUCCAGCCUGAUCCAAAGGAGGCAAAGUCAAGCUAGAGACUUAAAACAAGCUCACUUGGGAGGAAGUCCCAUGAGUAUCCUUGUAUAUAUUGCAUUAGUAUUUACAUUUUCAUUUUACUGCAUAAAACAAUGGGAAAAUGAAGUUGUGUGCAGGUGUGGAGCAGAAAAUCGGACAUCAGAGCGAGGUCAUGGAGCGAGGGAGAGAAGUCGCUCCAGCUGGGAGCGACUUGCCCACAGCGACCCCUCCACCUCGCUCCCGUCUCAGGUAACUGGAAACUUCCCUUCUCCCAGUUCUUUGCAUUUUCGAAUUUCAUUGGGUACCUCACUCACACAGAGACUGUGUGAUUUAAGUGUGGGGGAGGUGCCAAGCAUUUGAUCAUGUUUGUUAUGAUGAUUUUGAGUCUCAUACAUUGCAUAUUACAUUCUUAUUUGCAUAGAAAAACCAAAAAAAAAUUAAAAAUUUUGAAAAACACAAAAAGAAUCAUUUAGUUUGCAUCAUUUGCACUUUUAGGAGAGUCUAGAGCAUAUAGGUUGCAUUCAUUUGCAUUGGGAGCAAUGAUUUAAAAUGCCUUGUAGAGAGCACUGUCUAGCCUCGUAUAGUUCAUGCACUUCUCUUGAAAACCUUGUAAGCUUCGUGCCUUGAAAACUCUCCCUGAAACUCAAUCUCUUAAGCCAACUACAACCUUGAAUUGAACUGAAUGAACUUAAUUUCUUGCUCAUGGUCCCUUGUGUGCUAAGUCAUGGAUAUACACACUAGAUUUGUCACAUCUUUUAUGCCGAUCUUUUUGACAAUCUCUAGUGGCAUUCUACUCCCUAAAACCCUCUCCUCCUUUUAAGCCUUAAUUGUUUGUUGAGUGAGGCCUUUUUCGGAAAGUCUUACAUGCGCAUAAUCUUGAGAGUAUUGGGAACGACAAUGCUCAGUCUUCAUUCUUGCUAGAUUGCUUACGCUAUUGUCUAGCCAUAGGUGGGGGUGAGUGUUGUAAAGUUUGAACUUGAAAGUUGAAUGGGAAUGAAUGAACUCUUGUGCUUAAUUGUCUUAUUGGAAAUUGUAUAAACCUCUAGCUCAAAGUUGUGAAAGUCUUGGCCCCCAAAUAAAAAAAAAAAUAAGAAACCGAAAAAAAAAAAAAAAUUUGAAAAAGGGGGCUAGCAAAGUGAGAAUGAGCUUAGAGGUUGUGUUUUAAAAGUUUAAAUAUUUCCCUUGAUUAAGAGUUUGUGGAUGUGUUCUUGAGAUUUUUGGGUGAGAGAUGUGAGAUGGGUGUAACUUGGGAUUUUAAUUGUGUCACUUGUAUGUUUGAAAAAGGGUAGAACAAUGAAGAUUGAGCGUUGUAUGCAUUAGUUGAUCCCUUUCUUAGAUAUAUUAUGUGCAAUGUCAAGGCUACUUGUUUUGAGAGUGAACCACCUUGAAGAUAAUGAGUUUUGAACCCCUUGAUCACUAGAAUGAAAAGCCUUCCCUUACCCAAAUGACUUGGACCAAUUGACCAUUUGCAUAGAACUCACUUAUUGUAUUGCUUAAUGAAUGUGAGAGUUGGCUGAAUUGAAUGUGUGGAUGCAUAAUGUUGAGUUAAGAUAGGCCUAGAGAAGCUAGAGGAUAAUAAGAGAGAGUGUGCUCAUGUUGAAUUCAGAUGUUAAAUCGAGUGCUUUGUAUGUUUCUUUUGGCUAUGAGCUCCCACUUUCAAACCUCUUUCCUUAUGAGUUCUAGAAAGUUCACUUGUGGACAAGUAAAGGACUAGUGUGGGGGAGUUGAUAUCUUGUGUAUUUGCAUCAUUUUGAUCUUUGUUUUAUCUUCUUUUUGAUCAUUAGAAUCCAUAUAGUAUGCAUAUAGGAUGCAUUUGCAUUGCAUUUGUCCUUAUCAGGUAUUGGAGAUGCUAGUUGGUGACUUUGGAAACAUUAGAGAUGAUUUUGGAGCAAAAGAGGAUGAUUUAUGUUCGAGAAUCUCACCACGGCUAAGUGUCCCAGCGGCCUGCGUGCCCCAGCGGUCUCGUGUCCCCGUCCUCCAUGCCGCUGUGCAUCGACAAAAAGCUAGAGAAAAUACGCAAGCUCACUCGGCCUGGUCCCGCGGUCUCCCUGCCCGCGCCACAGAACUGAAGCUCCCAGCGUCUAAGUGUCCCAGCGGCCUGCGUGCCCCAGCGGUCUUGUGGCGCGUCAUCCAGGCUGCUGCGUGUCUGCUGAGUGACAUUUUACCAUUUUGCCCCUUUACGUUUUAGAAUGGAAAAACCUAAGUUUAAGUAUGUUUUGUAAGCCAUUGGAGGCGGAUUAUCUUUUAUCUAUUGAAGAACACAAACUCUCUCAA